AUGAUCAAGUUUUUGAAUUCUUUCAAAUCUCUCAUUAAGCUAAAACAAGUCCACAUUGAUAAUAAUGUAUUCAAACUACAUUAUAAAGUGACUGUAAUUUUACUUGUGGCUUUUUCUGUGUUAUUAACCACCAAGGAAUAUUUCGGAGACCCAAUAGAUUGCGACGUUGAGGAAAGGAAGGAGGUUAUCGAUACCUUCUGUUGGAUUUAUGGAACUUUCAUAGUGAAAAGAACCCUGAAUGAUCCACAUCUACCAGGACUUGGCCUUUCAGUUAAUCAGGAUCCCGAAGCUGUAACUAGGCAAGUUUACUAUCAGUGGGUAUGCAUUGCUUUUUGCAUUCAAGCCGUAAUCUUCUACUUGCCGAGGUAUUUAUGGAAAAUGUGGGAAGGCGGAAGACUGCAGUUCCUUGUGAAAGAUUUAACUGGUCCUGUGGUGACCCCAGAUUGGAACAGCGCGAAAAAAGAGACUCUAGUUAAAUAUGUACUAAACGGAAAGCAAGUUCACAACAUAUAUACAGUACGUUACAGCUUCUGUGAGUUUCUAAACUUUAUAAACGUGGUGGCGCAAAUAUAUUUCAUGGACUGGUUCAUAACGGGGCACUUCUCCGUGUACGGGAUAGCCUACGCCACAUACAAAAUGUACAGGCUGACGAAUCCGAUGAACGAGGUGUUCCCGAAAAUCACCAAGUGCACUUACUUCAAAAUCGGUCCUUCGGGCACAGAAGUAAACCGUGACGCCCUUUGCAUAUUGCCGUUAAACGUCCUCAACGAGAAAUUCUUCUUAGUCCUGUGGUACUGGUUAUUUAUCCUACUGGUCCUUUCAUUCUUAUCCUUGGUGUACAGGGCGUUGUUCCUGUUUGUGCCCAUGUUCAGGGUGUACUUGCUGAGGGCUCAAACCAGGAGUUUGGACAAGAAGAAGUCGGAGAUCGUUGUGAAUCAUAUAACGUACGGAGAUUUUUUUGUGUUGUACAAGAUCGGGAAAAACGUUAACCCGAUGUUGUAUAGGGACUUAGUCGGAGCCAUCUACGAUCAAAUCGCCGGUAAGGAGUCGCCGUUUAAGAAGCUUUCUCCUCCGAGUACCUUCGAUGAAGUCUGAAAUUGCGGCGUGGGAAUGUCAUUACACAAUGAUUCGAGUUGGUUUACUUGUUGAAAACAGAAAAAUCUUUAAUUUUUGUUAAAUUUUAGCGUUGCAAUAGAAAAUUCCCUUAAUUUCAUAUUAACACAAAAGUGUUCCUUUGAUUUCGGUAAGCCUUAA